UGCGUUCAUUUGCCGGUAAGAAGAGAUGUUUAUUGAGUGAGGGAUAGCAAUUCCUUUGGUUUAUGCGUAUUGCAUCAAAGCAGAGGCAGCUGCAACUUGCAAAAAGCACCAAAUCUUCCCAUUUGAAAACUGAACCCACAACCUCAAGAUUCCCACAUCAGAUUCCUCCCAAAAUCUUCGAUUUUUCUGCGCUGUUCUUCCCAUAUACUAGAAAUAUUUGCUUUUAAUUGCAUAAAUUAAGGCUUUCUCGAUUACAAUUCUUUCCACAGUGUUACAAUUUUUGACAUUGUUGUUUCGAUUUAAUCGCCAAUUGGUAUAUGUGGUUAUAGUUUGUGGAAAUGCGAUUAGGGUUUUUGCGGGAUUCUAUCAAAUUUCAGCUAUUACAUUUAUGACUCAAAAAUUUCCAUUUUGUUAGUGAAAUUUCACAGUUAUGGAACUAUUCCUUGAUUCUAAAGCAGCUUUAAGCUGUUAUAGAGUUGUUGUGAAUCGCAGCAGUUCCAAGUCUAUGAUUUUGGCUGCUUGUAACAACAAUUUUCGUGUUUCGGUUUCGAUUUCGCCGAGAAAACCUCCAUUAAAGAAUGUGUAUAAAACCCUUUUUGCAUUCCCAUUUGCUGAUAGCAAUAACAAUAGUUGUUUCAAGUGUUUGAGUUAUAGAAAUAAAAACGAUGUUAGAUUGAUUGAUUCUGACCCAGUAGUUGAGGAGGGGAAGAGAGAGAGUUUCGAGUCAGUGAAGGCAUUGCUCAAGAAUGGGAUGUUUUUGACGGCUAUUGUAUGUGGGGUUUUCCUGUUCCAGUGUCGAAAGGUGAUGGCAGUUGAAGGGGUGAUUAAUGCUGGGUAUGGGGUUAUUGAGCGGGGCAUAAUAAUGUGGAGGAAUGCGUGGCCGAAGACAUUGCAGGUUCUUAUGGUGUUCAAGGAGCAGGGUUUGAUACUCGCGGCGCUUUUGGGUCUUUCGGCUUUCUUCUCCAUGGCUGAAACCUCAAUCACCACUCUCUGGCCUUGGAAGGUGCGUGAAUUAGCCGAAAAAGAACCUGAUAAUGGCGUCUUCAGAAUGCUACGAAGUGACGUUACUCGAUUUCUCACAACUAUUCUCAUUGGCACAACUGUUGUUAACAUUGCGGCAACUGCAUUAGUUACUGAUGCUGCAACAGCAAUAUUUGGUGAAGCUGGGGUCACUGCUGCAACUGGAUUGAUGACUGUUGCCAUUUUGCUUCUUACUGAGAUUACUCCCAAGAGUAUAGCUGUACAUCAUGCUACAGAGGUUGUUAGAUUUGUGGUCAGACCAGUGGCCUGGCUUUCCUUGGUGCUAUAUCCUGUGGGAAGAGUCGUCACUUUCUUGUCGAUGGGCAUCCUGAAAAUGCUGGGAUUAAAAGGAAGAAGUGAACCAUAUGUUACUGAGGACGAGCUAAAGUUGAUGCUGCGAGGAGCAGAGCUGAGUGGAGCAAUAGAAGAGGAAGAACAGGACAUGAUUGAAAAUGUACUGGAGAUCAAAGACACUCAUGUUAGGGAGGUUAUGACACCACUUGUUGAUGUUGUUGCCAUUGAUGCAAGUGCAUCUUUAAUUGACUUCCAUCAUUUGUGGGUAACACAUCAGUACUCUAGAGUGCCUGUAUUUGAGCAGCGCGUGGAUAACAUAGUUGGUAUUGCAUAUGCGAUGGAUAUGUUGGAUUAUGUCCAGAAGGGAGAGCUAUUAGAAAGUUCUACUAUUGGAGAUAUGGCACACAAGCCAGCUUACUUUGUUCCAGAUUCUAUGUCUGUGUGGAAUCUGCUUCGAGAGUUUCGAAUUAGAAAAGUUCACAUGGCCAUUGUCCUUAACGAAUAUGGAGGAACUGUAGGGCUUGUAACUUUAGAAGAUGUCGUUGAAGAAAUUGUUGGUGAAAUCUUUGACGAGAAUGAUUCAAAGGAGGAGAUUCAGAAGAAAACGGGCUACAUUGUAAUGCGAGCUGAUGGGAUCUAUGAUGUGGAUGCUAAUACGUCAAUCGAUCAACUUUCUGAAGAAUUGAGCAUUAAGAUGCCUGAGCAGGAUCACCAAUAUGAGACAGUUUCUGGUUUUAUCUGUGAGGCAUUUGGAUUUAUCCCAAGAACUGGAGAGACCAUGAAGGUGGUUCUUGAGAGGGAUAAUCAAGAAGAGGAUGACAAAUAUGACGAAGCCGAAUCCGAACGCCAUGAAAAAAAGGAAAAGUCUCAAAUUUACAAGCUAGAGAUAUUAGCAGGGAAUGCAAGAAAGGUUAGUGCUGUACGAUUUGAAAGGGUGGAAAAUGGUGACACACGGCUGGAGGCUAAAGAAGUUGCUCCAUCUUUAGCCAAAAUCAUGAAGAGGAGUCGGCCUCGAGGUGAGAACUCAGAUAGGUUUUACAAUCAUGAGAUCAAUUUUCCGCAGAUGGUUGAAGAAAAUGACUUGGAUCAUCAAUCUCUUGAUGAUGAGAAUGAAUUUGUCGAAGAACGAGAGGGCAGUAGCUUAAUUAGAGAUCAUGUUGAUGGUGAUACUCAUGAAUAGAGGUGGCUAACAAGCUGAUAAGGCCAAGUACCCUCAAGCCAAGUGGAUCUGAUCUAGCCUCUAGGCCGCCAGUUCAGGCUAGGGGCUGAACCAGAACUGGAUUUGACUUAGGGUGGUCUGGUUGUGGACUUUGUGGUCUUCUACGAAAAUUCAAAACAAAAAGGGACCUGGCGAGCCUCAUGUUCGUUCGAUCUUAAUGUAACCAUGAGUUGCCUCUAAAGAUGGUCGUAGACGGUAGUCAUAUUAGUCAUAUUCUUUGGGAAUUUUGUAUUUCUCAAGAUGCAAAUAUUGCAAUAUAGUUUUUUUUUUUCUGGAUGGCAGCUGCAGUGCUGUGGACUGUGGUUGCUUUGGACGUGUUAGCCAGAAAUUGGUAAUAAAGCAAAAUACCAAGGCGUUGGGUUGGUUUUUUUUAUUUUUAUUCUUUUGUUAUGUUGUUAUUUUGUUAUGCUCCCAUUUAUUGGAAUUAGUUGGUUGAUACAAAAGUAAUAAAAUCCAGGGAGUUCCAUUUCCGAA